GAGAGCAUAUAAAAAGAGAUUUGUUACAAAGGAUUCUCGCCGAGAAGAAAACAUAAAGCAGUACAUAUCACAAUCCUUGAACCACUGGUUGUCAUGAUUUCCACAGCUGAUGUCUAUCAUGUGGUGGCAGCCACAGUCCCAUUAUAUUUUGCCAUGAUAUUGGCCUACAUCUCUGUGAGAUGGUGGAAGCUCUUUACACCAGAUCAGUGUGCAGGCAUAAACAAGUUUGUUGCCAAAUUCUCAAUCCCGUUAUUAUCAUUCCAAGUCAUCUCUAGUAUCAAUCCCUACAAAAUGAACCUGAAACUUAUAUUUGCCGACUUUCUUCAAAAACUACUUGCCCUUUUAGUACUGACAGCACUCGCCAAAAUCAGCUCUCGCGGGCGGUUGAAUUGGAUAAUCACUGGUCUCUCCCUGUCAACAUUGCCCAACACUUUGAUCCUGGGCCUUCCCCUUCUCAGGGCUAUGUACGGAGCCGAGGCAGAGCCACUUCUUUCGCAGAUAGUUGGCUUGCAAAGCCUGAUUUGGUACAAUUUGUUGCUGUUUCUGUUUGAGCUCAAUGCCACCAAGGAAGCCACUGUGGCACCAUCUUCAGAAACUACAGGAGAUCAAGAGGCUCUUCAAGAAUCACAAUACAAAGAAGGAGAGGAAGUGCACAGCAGAACAACAAGGAAGGUUAAAGCCAUGCUCAUUCUUUUGACGGUGGGGAAGAAGCUAAUGAGCAACCCAAAUUUUUAUGCUACCAUGGUGGCUCUUAUUUGGGCAAGCAUACACUUCAGGUGGGGAGUGAAAUUGCCGGAUAUUGUUGAUAAAUCCAUAGCGAUAUUGUCAACAGGAGGGCUUGGUAUGGCAAUGUUCAGCUUAGGUCUAUUUAUGGCAUUGCGGCCCAGCAUAAUAUCAUGUGGAAUCCGAAUGGCUGUGGUCGCCAUGGCAAUGAAGUUCAUCGUGGGGCCUGCCCUGAUGGCUGUCGCUUCCUUCGCCGUUAGACUGGAGGGCACGGUGCUCAAAGUGGCAAUUGUGCAGGCAGCUCUUCCUCAAGGGAUCGUUCCGUUCGUCUUCGCAAAAGAGUACAACGUUCAUCCAGAUACGUUGAGCACAGGGGUGAUAUUUGGCAUGCUCAUUGCCAUGCCAAUAGCACUGGCCUACUACUCCCUGUUAGCACUGUAAAUCCAAUGGGAUUUACACAAGAAAACUGGAGAAACAGUGAGUUUUCAACCAACACAUGCCCACACAGUUCAGGAAAGGAUCAAAGUGUUGAAGAUGGAUCAUACAAGUCUCAUUCAGUUUGUUCAAUUUUCUUGGACAUGUCAAGAACACAUUAAUCUACCAAUUAGACAAAGUUUUCGAAGCUAGUCUAAUUAUGCAUAAACUAUAACUGCUUUCAUUUGUGAUUAACAGAGAGGAAAACAAAACCUAAACGAUUCUGAGCAAAUUAAUGGUUGGACAUCUGCCACCUUUUUUUUUCCUCCAUUGUAAGGAUAUAUAUCCCUCUGACCAUGUCUAAAUCUUUCUCGUAUAUGGAAUCUUAAUUAAGAUGCUUAUUUACACUCGUA